AUGACCAAUGAAACAGGAAGAGUUUCAUUCAAAACUAAUCAGUUUGGAAUUAUUGGUUUACUUCAGAGAAAGUACAAUAAUAUCCCUUAUCAGUCAUGGGAGCUGGUACACGGAAAGAAUCCAAAUUCAGCAUCCCUAAUAAUCAGUGGAAUGCACGUUUCUCUCAAAAUUCAAAUAAAUAAAGAUGGUUGUGCGAUUGAAAACAUUGAACAAGAUGGGAAAUCUCUAUUUUCUGAUUCUUAUCUGAUGUGGAUGGAACCCGAAGAUUUAUUAAAGAAACUGCUAUACAUGGGUAUUAAUAUAAUAGUAGAAAGAGAUAUUCACAAGUACGUAGAAGUCAUUCAUAAAAAUGCUGAGUUUGAAAACUGGUGUUAUUCUUGCAUGGCCAUAUCUUGUCAUGCAUUUAAUUUUUAUUGGAGUAGAUGGAAUGCUGUGGUUGGUUCUGAUCAGUUCGUCUUGAAAUACAACACAGGUGGAAAUAAUGAGGGGAAGUAUAAUCAUGUAUUGCUCACACCAGAAAGUGCAAUGGAAAUUAAAUGCACAGAAAGUAAUGCGAAAUUUUGUGAUGAGCCUGUAGAAGGACAAAAAUAUUACAGUAAUUUGUAUAAUAUGUUGAUUGGAAGAAACGGCAUUCCUGAUGAUGAAAUCGACUUCAAGUUCGCCAACAAAGGUGAUCGUGGACUUGAUGGAUUUCCUGGACCAAAAGUGAGUUAUUCUUUGAUGAUGUUUUUCCAUUAUUUUACAUAUUAA